AGAUUUUCUGUCUCUCCUUAGAUAAUAAUAUAGAGAAAGAUAGGUAGUCGAUUAAUCUUCCGUUAGCAGUUAACCGUGAGUUGUGGAACCGGGUCACGGUGAACAGUAUGAUCAGUGAUGACCAGUGAUGACCAGUGUUGACCAGCAACAGGAACCGUGUCUCGAAUGUAGACUGCUGAGCGGAGGUGACUUCGUCGCCGCCGGUUUAUACGUUUGCCAUCAUUCCAAACGGUACCAGAAGCAAGUAGGAAAAGCAGUGAUGUACUCAUCUGCCUCUGAGAUACAGCUCCGCGGCAUUCGCAAUUUUGAUAGCGAGGACGCCUUAUGCUUCUCCUGCCCGCUCACGCUUAUUUUUGGGUUAAAUGGAACCGGGAAAACCAGCAUAAUCGAGGCGCUGAAGAACAAGUGUGUUAAUGAUGCAGAAAUCAAUAUAGCAUUGGGUGUUUCAAAAUCAAUUUUAAAUUAUGUUGUAUUUUGCCCUCAAAAUGAGCUUAAUUCGUCGUUUGACCAAAACGAAAUGUUAAAAAAUAUAUUUGAUGAGAUAUUUGACAGUGCAAAAUUUAAUAAAGCCUCGGAAUCCAUUUUAAAGCUUCAGAAAGAGUUACAAGACAAUAUUCGAACUUUAAAAACAGAAAAACAAACUUUAAGUGUACUCGUAUCUGAAGUGGAAGAUAAACAGAAUAAGCUCAAGGAACAUAAAAAAAGUAUGGAUAUUGCAAAGGAAAAAAUAAAUGACAUUGAUAAACAGAUUGAACUUGUGAAACAAGAGAUUGAAGAAGUGCAGCAAUUUACUACGAAAUAUAUGAACAUCCAGGUUGAGGAAGGGAAAACGAAAAUGGAAAUUAGUAUGCAUAAAGAUCAAUAUGAAAAACUGAAGAAAAAUAUAAAGAAUAUAUUUGAGGAAACAACAGAGGAAUUAGAAGAAGAAUUGGAGAAUUUAAAAAGAAAGCAUGAAGAUAAUAUUAGAGUGUUGUUAAAUAUCCAAGAAUUAGGACAAAUGAAAUUGAAAGAUACUGUGGAGCGCCUUUACCAGAAAUUGGAAGAAGAAAAAGAUGCACAAAUACAAGCACAACAAUGGAAAACUGUGGCAUUUAAACUAACAGCGCGAAAUAUGGAAUACUACAUUAAAAAACAGCUAGAUGAACUUAAAAACUUAAAGAAUUUGAAGAAAAAGUUUAAAAAGGCACAGAAUAAUGUGAUGGAUUCAGAAAAAAAUCUAGAAGCUCUAAAAGCAGAACUUAAUAAAAAGUUGUUGCUAUAUAAAAAUGUGAUUAACGACAUUAAAUUGUGGGAUCGGUGUAUAGAUGAGAUACAGCAAUUGAAGGGAGCAGUUAACAACUUGGAAACUCAGAUGACUAGUACAGAGAAUUGGCAAAAGCAAGAAGCCGAUAGAAAAUCGAUGUCCGAAAGUGUCAGACGUUUGCAUAAGAUAUUGGACGAGAUCAAUUCUUUUGUUAAUAGCAAUGUACUUGAGAAAUUCGAAGCCCAAAAGUACGAAAUACAAACUUAUAAGAAUUUGUUAACAAAACUUGUGAACGAGAAAAAUGACAUAAAGCAGACAAUAAGCAAAUUGAAGGAGGACAUUAUUUCUCAGGAAAUUGGAAAGCGAGAAUUACUUGACAACAUAACUUUACGUAAAAUUAGGGAAAAACUAGAGAUCUUGAAAGAGCAGUACAAAAAAUUUAAUAGUAUGGAUUAUAAAAAGAAAAUGAUUCAGUUAAAAAACGAAAAGCAAGCAUUGCUUCAACAAAAACAGGUCAUAUUUGAAAAUCAGGAAGAAUUAGAGAGAGAAAUCAAACAAUAUACGCAUGAAUUAGAAAAAGAAGAAUAUCGAUUAACUUCUCGGAAUUAUACUAACAAGUGCAUUGAAUUGGUGGUUCAAGAAGAUACUAUAGCCAAUUUGAAAACUUACAAUGAAGUAUUGAAUACCACGAUGAUCGAAUAUCACGAGAAACAUAUGUCGACGGUCAAUAAGAUAAUAAAGAAGUUAUGGAAGCAUAUUUACAAGGGUACAGAUAUUACCAGCAUUGAGAUCUGCACAGAGCUUAAGAAGGGUGAACGUAGCAACAGAAGGAACUACAACUAUAAAUUGGUUCAAACCAGGCAUGAUGGCUGUAAAAAGGAUAUGAAAAAACAUUGUAGCGCUGGACAGGAGGCAUUGGCAUCAAUAAUUAUAAGACUCGCCUUGGCAGAAACAUUUUGUAAAAAUUUCGGGAUUUUCGUGUUAGACGAACCAACGACGAAUUUGGAUGAAGAAAAUGCGAACAAUUUAGCGGAUAUGCUAACUAAGAUAGUUGAGUUGCGAUCAAGAUAUCAAAAAAAUUUUCAGUUGAUCAUAACAAGCCACAAUAAAAAGUUCCUACAGAAACUUGCAGAUUUGAAUAAUCACAAGCAAUUCUACGAGCUUUACCGUAAACAGAAUGGGAUGAUCACAGUAAAGAGCUCUGCCUUCAAUGAAGGUAAAUCCUCCGACAAGGAAGAAAAAGGUCCUAAUCGAAAACGAUAUAGUUUAGAUGAUAAUAGUGGACCGCCUAAAAAGAAGUAUUAUUUUACCGAAUAAAAAAUUAAAAUAUACGUUCUGUUUACGCACAUAUGAAUACACUGUACAUAUUUUCAUGUACGUGAAUAAUAAUUACAGAAAUAAUUAACAAAUAAAAUAUGUAUAUAUUAGAAUCUAAUAUUUUAUUUGUUAAUUAUUUCUGUAAUUAUUAUUCACGUACAUGAAAAUAUGUACAGUGUAUUCAUAUGUGCGUAAACAGAACGUAUAUUUUAAUUUUUUAUUCGGUAAAAUAAUACUUCUUUUUUUAUAUAUUAGAAUCUAAUAUAUACAUAUUUUAUUUGUUAAUUAUUUCUGUAAUUAUUAUUCACGUACAUGAAAAUAUGUACAGUGUAUUCAUAUGUGCGUAAACAGAACGUAUAUUUUAAUUUUUUAUUCGGUAAAAUAAUACUUCUUUUUAGGCGGUCCACUAUUAUCAUCUAAACUAUAUCGUUUUCGAUUUUCGUUUUUUAACUGAAUCAAUUUCUUUUUAUAAUCCAUACUAUUAAAUUUUUUGUACUGCUCUUUCAAGAUCUCUAGUUUUUCCCUAAUUUUAUGUAAAGUUAUGUUGUCAAGUAAUUCUCGCUUUCCAAUUUCCUGAGAAAUAAUGUCCUCCUUCAAUUUGCUUAUUGUCUGCUUUAUGUCAUUUUUCUCGUUCACAAGUUUUGUUAACAAAUUCUUAUAAGUUUGUAUUUUGUACUUUUGGGCUUCGAAUUUCUCAAGUACAUUGCUAUUAACAAAAGAAUAAUUAACAAAUAAAAUAUGUAUAUAUUAGAUUAAUAUCUACAUAUUUUAUUUGUUAAUUUCUGUAAUUAUUAUUCACGUACAUGAAAAUAUGUACAGUGUAUUCAUAUGUGCGUAUUCCUAUAAAAAAGUUAUACAGAUAAAAGUUAUGUAUCAAAGUACCUCAAAUAAUGUGAUAAAAAAACGAAAAUUAUCGAGAUAACCGUUUGUCUCAUGCCGCAAACCACGUCCGGAAAUAAAGCCGUGAUAGCGAUUGCGAAGAAAUCCUAAGGAGAAAAGAAAGAUUCUUGAGAUGUUUCUUAGUAUAUCUUAAUGUUAAUUUGAUGUAAACUGCGACUUUUAGGUGAUAUUACUUUCGUUUCAAAUCUCAUCUUGAUUUGUUUAAUAGAGAAAAAAUAUGUAAAACUAUUAUUUUUUUAAACUGUUAAAAAACCAUAAUUAUAUUACGUAAUAUAUAAAACAUCUCAAUAGGAUAGAAAAUUUAUGAUUUUGAUUUAACUCUAUAAAACAAAUGCUUUAAUUAAGAAAUAUGUAUUAAAUAUAUGUAAAAAACUAAAAAAUAGUACUUAUUUCUAAUACAUAUCUUUGGAAUGAAUGUAAUUUUGUGAAAAAUUAUAACUAUUUUGUGAGAGUGAGUCCCAGAUGCGCACAGUAACAAACGGACACCACCAAUCAAAUUUUAUAAAUUCAUCCUAAUCCUAAUCAACCCAGCAAUUUGAUUUGGUGGUGUCCGUUUGUUAUUGUGCGCAUCUGGGACGCUCCCUUUUGGUGACGAUCUAGGCUGCGGUUCACUUUGAUACUGCAAACACUUCGUAAUAUUUUAUUAAUCAAUUGGAACAAAGAAUUUUAUUAAUUGGUCAAUCAAAAAAUGCUUCAAAGCAUUUGUAGCAUCAAGUGGACUUUAGUUCUAGUCACGCAAUUGACCGAUGAGACACUCCGAUCGCGUUUAACUUUAUGCUAACUAUAUUUUAGUCUAAUCGAUUUAGGAACGUUUGAGGUAUUCAAUGCACUUUGAUUUUGACCUCUCGUACGUCGAUUCUCUUGUUUGGUACAAAGAAGAGUUAAUAAAAAAAUUCAUAGUAAAAUUUA